GUGAGGCCACGCCUUGGAAUACGAGCACCUCCAUCUGGCUCCGGGAUGCUGCUUCGUCCUCGGAGGCCGACCCUGUUUUCUCCGCCGUCACCAGCUAGCCCCGACGCCGAGCUACGGCCGGCCGGGGACAUCCAGGUGACUACGUCUGAUGCCUUCGCCACUCCGAGCGCGAUGGCGGAACCCGGCUCGCCCAAGGCUCCCGUGUCCCCGGGCUCGGCGCAGCGCACGCCCUGGAGUGCCCGAGAGACGGAGCUACUUCUUGGCACGCUGCUACAGCCGGCCAUGUGGCGCUCAUUACUGCUAGACCGCCGGCAGGCUCUGCCCACCUACCGUCGCGUGUCGGCCGCACUGGCCCGUCAGCAAGUUCGGCGCACUCCCGCCCAAUGCCGCCGCCGCUACAAGUUCCUCAAAGACAAACUCCGAGAUUCCCAGGGUCAGCCGUCCGGGCCCUACGACGACCAGAUCCGCGAGCUCAUGGGGCUACUGGGCGACGAUGGGCAGCCACGGGUCCGCCGUCGCUCUACUGGACCCGGACGUCCUCAGCGUCGCGGCCGCUCGACCCUAGCGGCUUUAGCAUCGGUACCUACACCGGUUGAGCCAGGGGCUGCGCUUCAGCAGGCUGCGGGGGACGCCGACCCUGCUUCCGCGCUCAGAUUUAGCUCCUCCACUACGAAAUCUGCGGGUGCCCGCCGCAUUACCAGCUCCCCAGCUCCCACAGUCUUCGACACUCUGGCUCCUGAGCAGAGCCGUGCCCUCGGAUCCUCCCCGCGGCCAACCCUCGACCACGACUCGGAGGACCCGACUGACCCUCCUGGUCUUUCCCAAGACCGUGCGACCCCGCAGGUUGCUCCCCAGUCGCUGAACACCGCAUUGCUGCAGACCUUGACGCACUUGGGCGACAUCUCGACAGUUCUGGGCCCUCUGCGCGACCAGCUGUCGACCCUGAACCAGCACGUGGAGCACCUGCGAGGUUCUUUCGACCAAACCGUUUCCCUGGCAGUGGGGUUCAUUCUGGGCAGUGCGGCCUCCGAGCGGGGCAUCCUUGGGGACCUGCGUCAAUAAAGCUUUGUUAGUUACCAGUCUUCCCUUCCAGAGCCGACUUCCAGCCCUACCUUGACCCCAGUUACUGUCCCCA